UCAAAUUAGCACGCUCGGUUAUUUCGAGAGUUGGAAUUGCUAUAACGCAUAACACAGACAAAGAUAGGUUUCACUCACUCUUCUCUACUCUUUCUAGGGUUUCUUCGUCCUCUUUUUUCCCAUUCGAUCACUUCGCACUUUUCAAUUCGAUUUCUCAUCUGCUGAGUUUCCGCACAAAUUUGCGAAUCUUGAUUUCCGUUUCAUUAAUCGGAUUGGUCUCUCUUGAAGGAUCAGCAUGUAUUCCUCCAGAGGGAGUGGUGCUUACGGCCAAUCGUACACGGGUCAAUCCGCAUAUGGCCAAAACUUGAGUGCUAAUUAUUCUGGAGCUUCCGUUGGAGCACAUGAUGCUGCUCCGCAUUCCGCAGCUUCAAGGCAUUCAGGAAUAUUAGGUGGUUCUCAGGAUGCUGAUGCUUAUAGGGCUCAUGCUUCCGUUGCUCAGUAUGGAGGACAGUAUAGUUCUGUUUAUGGUUCAUCUGCUCUGAGCACCGCGCAGCAGGCUCCUUCAUUAAGUGCUAAGGGAGCUGGGUCGUCAGCUUUAGAUGCUCGUGGAGGAUAUUCUUUGGGUGUUUCAGAUUCGCCCAAGUUUGCUUCUGGUGACUAUGUUUCGUCCUCAAGCCACGGGUAUGGCCACAAAUCUGAUCAAUUGUAUGGUGACAAGAGUUUGGAUUACUCUGGAUUAGAUAGAAGGCAAUAUGGUGAACGACAGAGUGGUUACCUUGGGAGGGACUUAGCAAGCGAUACAACUGGACGCUAUGCUACUGAUGCUGUUGGAUAUAGCCAUCAACAUCAGCAACCAGAAAUUUAUGACCGCAUUGAUCAGGCAUCUUUGCUUCGACAAGAGCAAUUGCUGAAAUCUCAGUCUCUGCAAGCUGCCUCACUGGAUGGGGGUACCAGACAAACUGAUUAUCUUGCAGCACGGGCUGCUGCAAGUCGUCACCCAACCCAAGAUCUCAUGUCCUAUGGAGGAAGGAUUGAUUCUGAUCCCCAUGCUUCAUCAAUGCUAAGUGCUACUUCAUAUAGUGGACAACAUGCACCAUCAAUAUUAGGAGCAGCACCAAGGAGAAAUGUGGAUGAUCUCUUGUAUUCCCAGAAUGUGUCAAAUCCUGGUUAUGGAGUGAGCCUGCCACCUGGUAGGGAUUAUGCCAGUGGAAAAGGUCUUCAUGGAAGUGCUAUGGAUUUGGAUUACUCAGGAAAUUUGCUGUCACAUGAUCGGAAGGAUGACCGGGCUAGUUACCUGCGAGAAUUUGAACUUAGGGAAGAAGAGCGUCGUCGGGAUCGCUUGCGUGACAGAGAUAGGGACAGAGAAAGGGAGAAAGAACGAGAGCGAUUGCGAGAACGGGAACGAGAUCGAGAAAAGGAGCGUGAAAAGGAGCGCUUGCUGGAGCGGCGUGAAAAGGAGAGGGAGCGAGAACGCAAACGUGCACUUGAAGUUAGACUUGAACGAACUCCAGUGAGGUCCUCGAAAGAUCCCCGUGGCACUUCAAAAGAUCCUCGUGGCUCAUCUUUGACAAAGGAGGGAAAAUCUUCACGACGGGACUCCCCACAUCGUGUCGCAUUACAUAGGCACCAUUCACCUGUUAAAGAAAAACGGAGAGAAUAUGUCUGCAAGGUUUACCCUUCUUGUUUGGUGAGUAUUGAGAGGGAUUACCUCUCAAUUGACAAGCGAUACACGCGGCUCUUCAUCCCUCCCGAAUUCUCUAAGGCUGUUGUAAACUGGCCGAAGGAAAACCUUAAACUGUCUAUCCAUACUCCGGUCAGUUUUGAGCAUGAUUUUGUUGAAGAAAGUGUUAAAGACUCGUCUGGAAAGCUUUUGACGGGACAGCCUUCAAUUUCAGAACAAGGAAAUACAGUUUGGAAUGCCAAAGUAGUUUUAAUGAAUGGGCUUAGUAGGGGCGCUCUGGAGGAGCUGUCAUCUGAUAAACUAUUUGAUGACCGCAUUCCUCAUAUUUGCAAUUUCCUUAGGUUUGCUGUCCUUAAGAAAGAUCAUUCUUUCAUGGCAGUUGGUGGUCCAUGGGAACCUGCUGAUGGGGGUGAUCCAUCUAAUGAAGAUAACUCUUUGAUCAGAACUGCCCUUAGAUACACGAAGGAUAUUAUUCAGCUUGAUUUGCAGAAGUGUCAACACUGGAACCGUUUUCUUGAGAUACAUUAUGAUCGAAUUGGCAAAGAUGGUUUCUUUAGCCACAAGGAAAUCACUGUACUUUAUGUUCCCGAUUUGUCUGAUUGCCUCCCUUCAUUAGAUGAAUGGCGUCAUCAGUGGCUUGCUCACAAGAAAGCUGUGGCCGAAAGAGAACAUCAAAUUGCUUUAAAGAAAGAGAAAUCAAGAGCUAUCAAGGAAUCAAAUGAUAAGAAGAAGGAUUCUGCUGCAUCUGGAAAAUCAAAUGUCAAGAAAAAGGAGAAAGACAGUAAUACUGUUAAGGAAGAAAAUGAAAAAAAAGCAGGAGUGAGUAACAAUACAAUUGCUAAAAAGGAUGCCUCAGACCUAAGUGUAGGCAAGAGUGCAGAAAAAAAGACUGGGGAAACUACCCCUGGACAAACCAAAGGCAGUGUGAAGUCUGUGAAGAAGAAAGUUAUAAAGAAGGUUGUGAAACAAAAAGUCGUCAAUAAGACAAAUGAUACUGCCAAGAAACAAUCUGACAAACCAGGUGAGAAGGAUGUUGCAGAUAAAGUGGCAGCAUCAGAUGUUGCUGCUGAGGAGGUCAAGUCUUCUGUGGAUCCUACUGGAACUCAAACCUCUGGAAAAGACUUGGUUUCGGAGCAUGUUCCUGCUGGGAAAACUGAUGGAGCUGAGGGAAAUGCUAAGGAAAUUAACAGUUUUGAAGAUAAACCUCUGGACAAGCCAGAUCCAGCAGUUAAUACAACAACCAACGAUGCUACCGUGAAAGUAAUAAAAAAGAAGAAAAUUAUCAAGCGGGUACCAAAAAAGAAGGUUGUUGGCGAGGCAUCUAAAUCUGUGGUUUCUGAACCUAAAAAUGAAGUGGGUGUUGUAACACCUCAGGCACAGGAUGGUACAAACAGCACUGGCAAGCCGAUUGCUGACGCAGACACCAUAGUUACUGAGGGUAAGAAACCUGCUAAGGUUGUACCUAAGAGAAAGUUAAAAACACCCAUGUCUGGGGAGAAAGAUGAUCCAAUUGAUUCCAAUAAAAGAGAUGUGAAGUCUGAUAAAACGGAAGAAGACAAUGCUGAGGCAGCUCAUGCAAAGGAUGGCACACAGAGCUCUGGCAAGAAGUCUACUGGUGCAGAUACAAAAAUAGUGUCAGUGGCAAAGAAAACUGUGAAGUUAGUUCCUAAGAAAAAGUUGAAGGUGCCUACCUCUGAGAAGCAAGAAGGUGCAGGUGAUUCCAAUAAAAAUGAAAUGAAGUCCGACCAGGAUGACAAAAAGGAUGAUAAAGGAAAUGGGGAAAAGAGUGGAUCCAAGAUAGUCAAACAAAAAGCCUCUGAGAAAGACACUCAAGCUGUCAAGGGGAAACUGAAAGUUGGGGAUAAAUCAAAAGAUCAGAAAGUAACAAGAGAGAAAGAUGGAAAAGUUGAUCCCAAAGGCAAAUCUAGUAAAGAAGUGAAAGAGAAGAGGAAACCUGAUGAACCUCCUCGGCACCCUGGAUUUGUUAUUCAAACAAAAGGGACAAAGGAUUCUAAAAUACGGUCAUUAUCACUGUCUCUGGAUUCAUUGUUGGAUUAUACUGAAAAAGAUGUUGAAGAAUCAACACUUGAGCUUUCAUUGUUUGCUGAAUCAUUUUAUGAAAUGCUUCAGUUUCAAAUGGGUUCUAGAAUUUUGACAUUUCUUCAGAAACUACGCACAAAAUUUGUAAUGAAAAGAGCCCAGCGAAAGAGGCAGCGAGAAGAGGGGCCUGACAAAGAUAAUGCAAACAAGUCACCCAUAAAACGUCAAAAGGGUGAUGAUUCUUCUGUGAAGAGCGAGCCAAAUUUGGACACAUCAAAUCCAACCCAAGCAGAUAAUGAGAAAACUGUUGCUGAGAAUGACAACUCUAGUAAUAAGGAGGAGGAUGUGAAGAUGGAAAAUGCAUCAGAUAUGGAAGAAGAUCCGGAAGAGGACCCAGAAGAAUAUGAGGAAAUGGAAAAUUGUAGUCCCCAACAUGACUCAUCUAAUGAUAAAAAUGCUGAGCAAGAGGCUGAUGCAAAUAAUGAACCUGAAAAUGUUACUAGCAACGAAAAAGCAGCAGAUGAAACUUCUAAAGGGGAAAUAAAGGUUAAAGAUGAGGUGAAUGAGUUCAAGGUUGAUGUUCAACGCAAUGAAGACAAGGAAGGCAAGGCUGAUACAAGUAAGAAAGAAACCCCUGCUGUUAAGGAGGUUGUUGUGGACAAAGAAUUGUUGCAGGCUUUUCGAUUUUUUGAUCGAAACCGUGUUGGCUACAUUAGGGUUGAAGAUAUGAGAAUAAUAAUCCACAAUCUGGGGAUGUUCCUUUCUCACAGGGAUGUGAAGGAGCUUGUACAGAGUGCAUUAUUGGAGAGCAACACCGGGAGGGACGAUCGAAUACUUUAUAUCAAGUUGGUGCGGAUGAAUGACAUUUGAUUCACCCUAGUUUUUGCUUUUGUAAUUACAGUUUGACAUUUAUUGUUUUUGCUUGCUUUGCUGAAAGGAUAGGUGGUCUUUUUUUGUUGUUGUGUUAAUGGGACCAAUUUAGGUGGGUCGUAUUUUUGGGCAUGAUGCACUCUUGCUUUUUAAACAAUAUUGUUUUUAAAAAUAAUUUCUAUAUGAUGAUUUUCAAACAUCAUGUUGCCCGAGUUGAUAACUUUUGUAUUUAAUUUGUCGAUUAUGAAUUUUUAACUCUUGGAUCUUAGUUG